CCUAUUUUUUUCGGGGAGACCUGAUAUCUCUGGCGGUUUGCCGCAUGGAAGUCGCCCAGGCAAGGCAUAAUAUCAUCACUCUGAUCCGGGCUCCUUCUCUCCAGUUGCCGACCACUGCACGAGCAGACACAGCAUCACACUCACAUUUACUGGGAUCCAACGGUAUAUAACGGCAUUUAUCCGCUGACCGACUGUCAGGAGAGUCUAAAUCACGGCUUCAUUCCAGCAGUGGGGGGAGGCGUUUCUUACUCAGAUGUAGGCAAAUAACAAAAAAAAGACCUACUAGAUCGUCAACUGCGCAAAAGAUGCAGCUUUAAACAUUACGCACGGCUAAUUCUGUUGUAUUUCAGUUUCUUUUUUUAUUCCCUCAGUCCUCUGCACGGACAAACCAGGGACUAGGGGUGGCGGGGGUCUUCCACGGCGUGGAGUCCUGAAUUUACCAAGCGACCCACCGGGAGGAAUGAAACUGAGAAAAUUCGUCUCCGGGGCGGAAUAUUAAUAACCUAACAUUAAUCCAGAGGAUGUUGCAGCAGAGUUUGAGACUCUAGAGAACAUCCCAACUUUUUUUGGUUUCCGUUUAUAAUUUCUUUCUCUCUCCUCUGCUUCGCCUGUGGGACUUCUGUUUUCGUAAAAGAUUCGCUGUACUUAAUUCACUCUCAGUCAUGGACCGGUCGACGUCUUUGGAUAUAGAAGCGCUCAAGGGCUUUAAUGAACAUCAUUUUCCAGAAGCCUGAGCUCAUCAUGGCUGAAACGUCACCAGCUUGUGCCAGUCAACUGGUGGGAGAAUUGAACUGAGGUCCCAAGUUGAGAGAUGGCUGUAACCACACAUCUUCUUAGGUUUUUUACAACUUAAAAAGUUGAGAGAGAUGACCCAGGAGCAGUAUAUUCUCGCAGCGCAGCCCAACCCACUCCACCAGCGGGGGCCAUCAGUAUGUGGUGCCCAGGUUUACCCAGCAGUGGGGAUCUACGGCUGGAGGAAGAGAUGCUUGUACUUCUUCAUCCUCCUUCUCCUCGUCACCAUGAUCGUCAACCUGGCGCUCACCAUCUGGAUCCUCAAGGUCAUGAACUUCACUCCGGAUGGUAUGGGGAACCUGCGGGUGACCAAGGAGGGUGUCAGACUGGAGGGAGUGUCUGAAUUCUUAUUGCCAUUAUACGUCAAAGAGAUCCAGUCUCGUAGGGACAGUCCAUUGAUUCUUCAAUCUGACAGAAAUGUGACUGUCAAUGCUAGGAAUGAUCAGGGACAACUGAUGGGUCAGCUAACUGUGGGUUCAGAAAUGGUGGAGGCUCAAUGUCAGAGGUUUGAGGUAAUGAGUGCAGAUGGAGAGAGAGUUCUGUUCUCAGCAGAUGAAGAGGAGAUCAGCAUCGGUACUGAGAAACUCAGAGUUACAGGGAAUGAAGGCGUGGUGUUCAGCCACUCUGUAGAGACAUCACAUGUAAGGGCAGAACCCUUUCAGGACUUAAAGCUGGAGUCACCAACUCGGACCCUGACCCUGGAGGCCCCCAGGGGAGUGGAGGUCAACGCUGGAGUGGGAGACUUCACAGCGUCCUGUAGGAAAGACCUCCUCUUGCAGUCCUCAGAAGGAGAGAUCUUACUAGACGCUAACACCAUCAGGCUGGGCAACAUUCCCCACGGUAGUGCUGUGGACCCCCUGGAGGGGGCGCCGGCGGGUACCACCUACACCAAACAGACUGUGUUUGAGCUGUGUGCCUGCGCUAAUGGCAAGGUCUACCUGUCCCCAGCUGAGAAAGGCUCUACCUGCCAAACCACCAGUAACUUUUGUCUCUGGAGCUGAGAGUGGGAGAUUGUCAGACCCAUAGGACACGUGGACUAAUGGAGUUUGAAGCUAAUGCUAGCCAAAAGACUGAAUGAACGUGGAUUAUGGACUUGGUUGGAAACUAGCACGAGCUACCAGACCUAUUCCACAUGGAUUGUAGCAUGGUGAGAAGUUCAUGCCUGUUAACCAGUCAAAUAGUAUGGAAUGGAGUAUGGAGGACUUGGCAGGAAUCUGAUGCUUGCUAAAAGACCAAAUCAGCGUGGAUUGUGACAUGGUGUGAAACUAAUCCCAGCUAAAGGAUUGAAUCAACGUGGACUAGAGCUUUGUUGGAAGCUAUUGCCAGCUCCCAGACCAAAAUGCUAUGGAUGUCUCAGUAGCUAUAGUCAAGAUGACGGAUGACUUGGUGGGAAGCAAAUGCCGACAUGGUUAGCUGGGGUGUUUGCUAAGACCACUCGGCGACAAAGAUGGACAGUCUCACUCCAGGGCCCUCACUGGAUAUCUUUGCCAUUAAACUGCAACUGUGAUGGUUUUUGUGCAUCAUAAGGAUUACAUUUGGAAGUUGCCUGAGAACAACAGACUCUCUUACAAAAAAAGUGAGUUAUGUGUUCACUGCAUGACCAAAAUGCCCUGGAAAACAUUCUCUUCCUUUUGCUAGGAUAAAGAUAUAUGGUGAUGAACUGUGAACUAGCCAGCAGGGGAAACAAACAUGGACUCUGGGGUAACCUAUCAGUGAGGGCUUUGGUUUAGCCCUGCAGGUAGCACCCAGAUACAUGAGAAAAUGGUUUAAUCUAGUAGGAAGCUAAGGCUAAGCUAAGGCUAACUAAUGGACCAAUCUAUACCAGAAAGGCCUUCCCCCUCCUUGCCCUCUAGUCUUUCAACCCAGAUGAUGACAUUUGACCCUUUUUUAUUAAUCUGCACCUGAUAGUGACUAUGUUUUGUGACUCCACUUUUCAUAGGUUAACUAAUCCAGUUACAUUAAUUAACUGUGCUUCUUCCGUGCAUUCUACAGCUUUCCCAUGUUUAUUUUCUUUUUUUGCAUGUGAUUUCCUUUUCUUUUUGAUCUUUUUCUUUCAGAUUGAAUUCUAUAUAAUCUUCUUUUUUCCCCCCUUUAAUCCUUUAUCUUCCCAUAUUUUGCUGCUGCUCACAUUUAUCUUUUUUCUCAGCUUUAAUUAUUUUUGUUCUGUCUAUGCACCUUUCGCUUGGCUGAUAAAGAACACGGGCAAUGCCUUUCCACCACUAUUCUGGUUAAAAACAAAAAAGAGAAAACAUUGUUCUACCUGCUUUUUCCCAUGUUUUACUAACUAUCACAGCUGUACUAGAUGCAGGGUUUCUCAGUCUGUUCUCACAUCUUUUUGUUUUUGUCUCUUGAGAGUCUGUCUGGGCAUAUGAUGCUAUGUUGGUCAGUUACAGAGGGCAAAGGGAAUAAGGAAACAAAGAGGAAAGUGAGUUAUAAGUCAUCUGUUAAAUUAAGGCUUACAACAGACCAAACUGCUUGUGGUAGGGAGCCAAACCUCUGAACAGGUGGAGGCAUCAUUGGGCAAAACAACAGACCAAUUUGGUCUUGUUAUGUGGUAUUCUACAUAUUCUUCCAGUGUUUCUUCUGUCUCAGACUUUUAUCACUCUUUUUGCAUGACUUUUGUGCUAUUUUUGCCAAGUCCUUGCUCUUCCUAGUCAGUCACUGAAAGACUUUGCUGCCCUUUGCUCUCUCUUUACCAUGUUUGUUCCUUCUUCAGUUUGUCUUUACCACAUUAUAGUUACCUCUCAUUACUCCUUGUUCAGACUCUUCACCAAUUUCUAUGUAUUUUCCAGCAGGUGAAUUUCUACAUUUCAUCUUAUGUUGUAUCUUAAACAUCACUUACCAAAUGACACAUUGACACAUCUUGAUGUUAAUUCUAUAUCUUCGCCAUUUAUAAAGUUUAGUCUCCUUUGGCCACCACAUACACAAAUACCCCUCCACUUUCACACUAUGGCCCUUUUCAAAUGUUUUCCAAUCCAAGCAAGAAAAGUCAAGAAGGUCUUUUAUCUUUUAUAUAUUCAGUCAGUCUGAGGUGAGAGGAUCAGUGUGGAUGGCCUCAAGCUGGCUAAUCUAGCACCCAAUCUCUGCAACAGCUAGAAAUCAUAGGGCAUCAGCAGAUUUGUGUGGCAGACACCUCCUUGGAAGUAACUGUGGAAGGAUUUUGUUGUGUGUGAAUGGACCUAGCUGGAAUAAGGCCCUGAGGCGUUCUAUUUAAAAAAAAAAAA